AUGUUGAAGUACAGGAUGACAUCGAGCUUAGACGGAUACAUGAACCGAGUGACAACGGUUAUCACGGGAGACGGGAGAACAAUAGUAGGAUUGCUCAAGGUUUUGAGGUCUUCUGAUUGAAAAAGCCAUCUUUUGGUUUCAGGGUUUUGAUCAGCUUAUUAACAUAAUUCUGGAAGACGCUCAUGAACGUGUUUAUUCUGAAACAGCUGGCGUUGAAACCGUUCCGUUGGGUCUCUACAUUAUUCGCGGCGACAAUGUGUAUGUUCAUUUGUUUUAUGAUUUCCAGCUUGAUUUUGAAAAAAUGGUUAAAUUGAUAUUUUCCAUGCAUAUUUACUGAAGCUACGACUCACCUGUUACGAAAAUUGAGAUAAACGUUUCGAAUUUAGUGCCAAAUUUUCAAAGUACCCGACGAAAAGCUUAAUUCUGGUUUUAAAAAAAAAGAGUAAUUUCCUUGAGGUGUAAAACAGAAUCAAGACUUGCAAGUUGUGAAAAAAAAAGGCGGUUUCUAUCUGUUUUUUUUUUCAUUCCAUAGUCACUUUGAUUCAAUUUCCAGCCUUCAAUAAAGCAGAGAAUCAUGUUUUGAAAUUUAUAAAUUUGUCUUCUUAUUUUUACCCUUCUUUUAAAGUUUUCACGAUCCCUUGCGUCAUAAUUUCUCAACCCCAAAUCUUUAUGACGUCCUAAAAUAUAAAUUAGCUGCCAUUUUUUUUUUGUGUAAGUGCAGCUUAUAAUAAUCCCGCGUGAAAUUAACUGUAUUCAAAAGCGAAUUGCCUUCUCUUCUUGCAUUUCUCUUAAAAGGGGCCACUCAAGGGAUGAUAUAGGCGUGGUUUGUCGUUAUUUAUUCUAAAGAGUCUCUGAAAAUUGAUACAAUCUUCUCUCGCUGCAAAAUUCAUUCUUCUGACAAACACCGCGCCCUUUUUGCUCGCGGAUUGCGCUGCGUCUCCCCCAAAAGAAAUGUCCCUCGCGGCCGUCAUCGCCAUCGAUUAGUUCCUUCGCGUAUAAUGUAGCUGUCAAUCCAACUUCGGUUAACGCCACCUUCUCUAGAUAACUCUUCUUCAAUUCAGUGCUCCUUUCCUUUCAUUAUAAUUACAAGGGAAAAGAGUUAACCUUUUUUUUCCCCGUAAACUUUUCCAUUAAUCUUUCGGGAACUUUUAUUUGAUAUUGUCUCAAGUCAGCUCUGAAUGAACUUCAGUCUCUAAGUCUAAAUAUUGAUUAAGUUGAGCAAUACUUAUUGUUUUUGCUUUCUUGAGCUUUGGCUCGCGAUUCCUGACGCUGGCCGUCUUAAUGGGGCUGUUGUAAUGUCGAACAUUUGCUAGGGUACGAGGACAUAUCCUCGGCUUUUUUUUUCAUCCUCAGCCAUCGUUUCUCCCAUCGGUUGGGUGCAACUGUGUGUGUUUGAAGAGGGGUCAUUUUCGAUAAAAUGUUUUCCAAAUUAAUUUGUUUUAUAAUAAAUCAAUGUUGAAUGAUGGUAAAGCUUGAUAUUCAUUGUUUAAUAGAAAAUUUUGAAAAAAGUCGGAAAUUUUCUUUCGUUUCAGCUAAUCAUUUAGAGAAGAAAUAUUAGGAAUCUUGCAGUAUUGGAAGAUGAACAUCCUAAAAAAAUUUAAAAAAAUUCAUUUUUUUCUAGAAAGACGUCCAAAAUGGAAAUACAGUGUUCAUCGCCAGCUUGCGAAAAAAACUGUAAAAAAACGUCGUUGUUCUUUUUGCUUCUUAAAAAAACGCUUAAAAAAACGUCUAUAAAAAAAUUGUCUGAACACAGCGGGGAAGGAAAAAUGUGUACGAUGAUUUUUUUCUAAACGAAAUUGAAACAAUUAGUAAGAAGCUUGAUAAAACUACUAUUAUAAAAAAAUUUCCAUUGAUCAGCAUAAUCCGCGAAUAAAACUAUCAGUAACGUUCGUUGGAGUUUUAUCUCGUUCACAGCCGUUAUUCUUUCGCAAUUUCGAAAGAAACCGGUCGCGUGGGCGUUUUGAGGCGAAAUGGACGCGGAAAGCUGAGUGCCGUUUUUGUUUCCUUCCUUCCACCCGCUGCGCGUCGAUUUCCAGCUCCUGUUUUUUCUCCCCCAACUUUUAUUGAUUUUUCUCUCAUUUAGGGCGAUCGUUGGCGAAGUCGACGAGGAAAUCGACAAGCGCAUUGACCUUGAUAACGUGAAAGCGUCUCCUUUGGCUCCAAUUUGGAUUCCUGGAUAA